ACAGUUCGUUUCGGCUAAGCAAGGGAUACAAGCUAAAUACACAAUAUUCACAAAAUAUUCACACACAUAAACAGACAUUCGAAUCAAAAAUACACACAUUAAAUUAAGCGUUCAAUUGAGAAAAUGGCCGAGAGCUGUCCAGAACAAUAUGUGCGUUGUCUUAAGUGUCUGAAGAUUAUCAAAUGCUCGCGCUACGAUACGAGCAGUCUGGUCGAUCAUAUUCAGGCAGAUCACCCGGAAAUUAUUCAGAGUGCGAAUGAGAAGCUAAAGAAUUUGCACAAGCUAGCCGCCCAGCAUGGCGUGAGCGAGGAGCGUCUUUCCCAGAUAAGCAAAAUGACCGGCAUGUCCGAGUCUGAGCUCGCAGAUGAGGCCGAAAAGUACAUAGCCAGGAACUAUCAGGGUGGGGCAGCACCAGCGACUGAUCCCAUAAAGGCCUGUGCUGCGCCGACGCAAACCAGCAGCAGCUGCAAAGAGCCCAAACCCAAGUUGAGUGCGUCCAAGGAUAAUAACAGGCGCAAGUAUUAUCGGGCCUCCAUCGAAAAAUGGACACCCACCGAUGGCUGCAUUUACUGUCCCAGCUGCGGCUGCAAUCGCCGACCCAUGAUCAAGACCAACACGGAGGUGUACUCGAGCAGCAGCUGCUGUGCCUCUUGUGUAGCCAGUUGCUGGCCCUUCUGCUUUCUACCCUGCCUCAUUUCGCCCGAGAACAAGGAGUACUUGCACUGUGCCAACUGCAAGACCUUUUUGGGUCUGUACGAUCGGGAGAACAACUGCAUCAAGCCGAAUCGAGAGUUCGUGCCCUGCGAUACUCCAUGCAAUGGCGAUUGCAAAAACCGGCCCAAGAAGAACCAAUAGAGUUUGUCUCUCUCUCUUACUAUAAGCAGUAACUAGUAGUGUAUGAAAUUUAUUGUUAAUAUAUGUAUACCCGGCUCUAGCUGAUUAUUGCCAAAGCUUGGUGGUGAAAAGCUUA